AUGAAAUCCUUUAUUGUUCUAAGUUUGUUUGUUGCCGUUGCAUGGGCUGGCGUUCCUCGCAUGCCCUUGCAUGAGUUGGAGGGUCGCAUCACCAAUGGUGAAUUGGCCACGGCUGGUCAAUUCCCCUAUCAGGUCGGUUUAAGUUUGGUCUUUGGCAAUCAGGGUGCCUGGUGUGGUGGUACUUUGGUUUCUGAUCGCUGGGUCUUGACCGCUGCUCACUGUACCGAUGGUGCUGAUGGUGUCACCGUGUACUUGGGUGCCAUUGAUAUCAAGAACGAUAAUGAAAAGGGCCAACAACGUAUCUAUGUUUCCAAGAAGAACAUUGUGGUGCACGCCGAAUGGGAUUUCAAUACCUUGACCAAUGAUAUUUCCAUGAUCAAAUUGCCUGUUCCGAUUGAAUUCAAUGAUCGCAUCCAACCUGCUACCUUGCCCAAAAAGAAUGGUCAAUACUCCACCUAUGAAGGCGAAAAUGUGUGGGCUUCCGGCUGGGGCAGAGAUAGUGAUGCUGCUGCUGGCAUUACCCAGUUUUUGCGUUACAUCCAAGUUCCUGUCAUCAAGAAGGGCAGUUGCAACAACUUCUACUUUGGUUCUAUCACCGACAAACAAAUCUGCAUUAGCGGCAAGAAUGGCAAGUCCACUUGCAAUGGCGAUUCGGGCGGUCCCUUGGUCCACAAGGAGGGUAAUGUCAACUAUGUUAUUGGUGCUACUUCCUUUGGUAUUGUCUUGGGUUGUGAAAAGGGCUGGCCCGGUGUAUUCACCCGUGUCACUGCCUACUUGGACUGGAUCGAGGAAGUAUCCGGUGUGGUCAACAAGUAA